CUCUGUCUCUCUUCUGCAGACAGACUGCAGGCAAAGUCAUCUCUUUGAGCAGAAAGACCAGAGGUUUAAAAGAGCUCAUAGGUAAACUUAAACAUCUAAUCAGGUCAGGAAAAAAAACUGCAGGCAAGACAUAAUACGAAAUACCUCAGCUGUAGAAAACAAAAAAAGCAAUUAUGGGAAACAGGACUGUUCGAAAAAGCUGUGCUGCAUAUUCCUGUCUUUUCUUUGGUCUUCUGUAUUUGCAUUGGUCAAAGGGAGUCAUGGGACAAAGCUUGCAGGAGCGGGAUGGCGUGUGCAAUGCCGAGGGAUGCUAUUCCAUUCAUCUCCAGCGCAAGACCUUCAGGGAGUCCUGGAGGAGCUGCAGGGAUAAAGGGGGGAACCUGGCUACCAUUAAAGGACCAGAAGAAGCUUCCUUGAUCCAUGACCUCCUAUCGUCAGGGGUCAGACGUGGCUCCCGGCCCAGAAUCAGAAUGUGGAUUGGCCUUCAGCGGCAACCUCGGCAGUGCUCGGCCACACGCCCUUUAAGGGGCUUCACCUGGAUCACCGGGGAUCAGGAAACACAGUACACGAACUGGCAACGUGAAGACUUACCCACAGCUUGUGCUGCUCAUCGUUGCGUGGUCAUUACCUACAACACGGCCGACAAAAGUGGCAACGACAAGAACAACUUCAAAUGGCUCGACGGAUCUUGUGCAGUGGCCAUAGAAGGUUUCCUCUGCCGCUACACCUACCAAGGGAUGUGCCCACCUCUUCAAAAAGAAGGAGGGAGUCCUGCACUCUACACAACCCCGUUUGAACUGGCAAGUACUAUUCUUACUCAUGUCCCUUUUGGCUCAGUGGCAACUCUCCCUUGUCCUGAUGGUGACAAGGAAGAUCAGUCAGUACUGUGCAUGCUGAGAGAGGAUGGAAGUGUUGGCUGGUCGAAGGAUGCACCACUCUGCACCAACACUCUGGUGGACUGGUGCAAAACGAAUAAUGGUGGCUGUGAUCACUACUGUGUCAACUCUGAUGCUCAUUACUACUGUGAGUGCUCUGAAAAUUAUGUUCUGGCAGAAAACGGGAAGACCUGCCACCUCCCAGAUCCUUGCCACAGCGCCAACUGCGAGUUUGAGUGCGAGUCCACUCCUCAGGACCAUCGCUGCAAGUGCCCCGAAGGGUACCACCUGUCUAGAGAUGGUCAGAGUUGUCUUGAUAUAGACGAGUGCUUGCAGAAACCAUGCCCCCAGGAAUGUGUCAAUGCGCCUGGUACAUUUGAGUGUAGAUGCAACGAGGGCUACCUUCCGUCAGAGUUUGGAGAUUGUGUGGACGUGGAUGAAUGCAUGGAAGGAAAGUGCGUUCAUGUCUGUGAGAACUUGCCUGGUUCGUACACGUGCCGCUGUCAUGAGGGGUUCUCUCCACUCGAAGAAGAUCCAGAGCAAUGCGAAGACGUUGAUGAGUGUAAAACUCUAGAUAUUUGCGAGCAGGUGUGCAAAAAUUACGAAGGUGGAUUUGAAUGUCAAUGCAAGGAGGGUUAUAUGUUGCAAGAGGACAACUACUACUGUCGGCCAGUUGAAGAGGAGGAAGACUUGAUGUCUGAAACAGAUGAUGCAACACUGAAUGAUCCCAGCUUGCCUGAACUGAUGACAGAUGCCAGAUACCUGAUCUGGUUUACGGAGGAAGAUGUGACCACACAGGAACCUGAUUUAAGUGAUCAUGCAUCGUCGAAUUCACCUUCCCCAAACGUCUUGAUAGAUACUACAACUUCAGCUGAUUCUAAUGAAGAGUAUGCACAUGAGGAGGAAAUAUCAAAAGCAGGUGGUGAUACACCAAAUGUAAGGAUUUCCGGAAACAAACUCUCAGAGGCUUCGACAUCUGUGCCCAAGAGGAAACAGGAUUUUGUCACGCUCACUCCCCCAACAUUGCAAAUAUCAGAAGAUGCACUGGCAUCAGAAACAGAACAGCGUCCAGGUGGCAGGAAGAAACACGACAAAAGCUGGCUGCUCGUGGCACUGCUGGUACCACUAUGUGUUUUUAUUGUGGUCAUGUUAGCAUUAGGUAUUGUUUAUUGCACAAGUUGUGCUGUAGAGCCACGGAGCAAAAGCAUCACAGACUGUUACCGCUGGACCACCGCCUCCAAGCCUGAAAAAACAAGCACAGCAAAUUCUCGAGCUUGAGUGAACUUGACUUUAAUCAGCAAUGACCAUGGACUUCGUCAAGCUGUUUUGGUGUGAUCACACUGAUGUCACUUUGGUAUUCUGUAGGAUCUUGUGGGAUAUAAGGACAAAAUAGUCAUUAGAUUGCUUAAUUCAGCAUUCAGAAAUUCUUUUCAGACGAUGGAGAAAACAAGUAUUUUCUAAUGGAAGUGGAGCAGUAAUAAUCCCUGAAUUAUAGAAAAGAAAGAUUUUGGGACAUAGCAAACAGAAUUUAGCAAGCAUGCCUUUUUCAUAAAAUAAAGCCUACAAAUGUAUAUAUAUAUAUAUAUAUAUAUAUAUAUAUAUAUAUAUAUAUAUAUAUAUAUAUAUAUAUAUAUAUAUAUAUAUAUAUAUAAUUUUACAUUUAUUUGCUCCACUUCCAACAGCACCCCCAAGAGUGAGGUAUGUAACUACAACUGUUUGUCUAGAUACUUUAGGCUGAUUUGAUCAAGGCUUUUAUAUAUUACAGAGGAAACAAGUCUAAGUGCAUCAGUUGAACUAACAGUCACUAUCCCUUCAUUUAAAUUAAGAAAAGGUUUUUUGACUAAUAGAGGCUAUAACGUUUUGCUAUUUGGAUCAGAUACACAGUGAUACUGGAGAUACCAAUGUUAUUUUUAUUUUAGUAUUUUUUACCAUUAAGGCAGAUUAUGACUAGACAAAAAGAAAACAUGUCACAGAAGUACAGAUCAAUAACAGCCAUGAGCUUACAGAAACAGCUGAGGCACCAAACACAUUUGACUUCAGUAAAAAAACAGAACAUUUAAGUAAGCAAAAGAAUAAUAAAUAAGCCAAUAGGUUAUCAUUAUUUCACAAUAUUAUACAACACAUCGACAACCAUUUAUUUCAACAAUUUAUUUUAUAAAAUAAUAGUAAUAUUCAAAUAAAUGUCACCAUGAUGUAAUGAAAAACACUUUCUCACCUAGCUCAGCCGCUUUGUGUUGUACUGGCACAGUCUCACCAGUAGUUGUCACUGUCUGAUAUUUGAGUUUUUGUAUAUAUCUUCUACAAACUAACUUGAUUUUAAUAAAAGCCGAACGUGCA